UCCCACUUGCGCUUGGGCGUUCGUUCCCUUGCGUUGUUCGACCUGGAAUAGCCGCGCCAGCUGUGUUGUCCCAUCGCCACACGUACGGGAGUCAUGGCUUCCGUGCCGAAGUUGCCGAGUCGGCAGAACUCUGUUCCUCACUUUAGCUACGACCGGGUACGCCUACCCUCGGCAUCAACCCACAUCAGGCUUCUCGAACUCUAUCCGUCCAGACACGCCACGGGCGCCGCCAUAAUAUCUAGGGAAGACCCUCCCCCAGACCAGGACGACACCGGACGCGGUGCGCGCGGCCCAAGCCCGCUGCGGUGCGUCGUCUCGACCACCCCAAUCGACACCCCGCAGCCCUACAGGGCGCUCUCGUACACCUGGGGUCGGCCUGACAAGUCCCACAGUAUUGACGUCGGGGGCACGCGUCUCUGGAUCACGGCCUCCCUCGACACGGCGCUGCGACACAUCCGUCGAGAAGACGAGCCCGUCACGCUCUGGGUAGAUCAGAUCUGCAUCAAACAGGAGGACGCAGCGGAGAAGAGCGAGCAGGUGCCGCUCAUGGCACAGAUCUACAGCAAGGCCGAACUCGUCAUCGUCUGGCUGGGCCCCGCGGCCGACGGCUCCGACGCGGUGAUGGAGUGCUGGGGGGACGUCGGCCAGGCGGCCCGCGACUUGGGCAUCGAGAGCUACCUCACCAGGGAGCGGCUCCCGCUCCUGUUCCCGGUGCUGGAGAACCGCGACCCCGGGGACGAGGUGACGGCGUCGUUCCAGGCCCUGCUGCAGAGGGCGGCGCCGGCGUUCCAAGCCGUUCUCGAGGCGAUGCUCGCCUUCAACGAGAGGCCGUGGUUCAACCGCGUGUGGACGAUCCAGGAGCAGGCCCUGGGCGCCAACACCUUCUUCCUGUGCGGCUCCAAGACGCUGGACAUCGACCUGCUGCCCCCGGCGAGGUUGAUAUACGACCGGUGCAUAAGUAUUCUGUGCCGUGAGAACAUGGGCGACCGAAAUUACCUCAAUCUGUUAGACAAGGCCCAGGAUCAACGGUUCGGUCCACUGAUGUCUCUACGGCGGCGGAGGCGCAACUUCGUCAAGGGCGAGGGACCCGGGGACGACCUCUACACCCUCCUGGGGAGGACAUACGUGACCGGGGACGCCGAGGCGACCCUGCCGCGGGACCGCAUCUACGGCCUGCUCAGCAUCGCCGUGGACGCGGAGCGGCUGCAGAUCGUCCCGGACUACGCUUCCCCAGACUGCCAUCCCACCUUCGUGGAGGCCGCCCGCGCCCUCGUCCGCGCCGGCCAUGUCCAGACGCUCUCCUUCUCGCAGUUCCCCAAGGACAUGGGCGGUCUGCCGUCUUGGGUGCCGGACUGGAGGCCGACGCUGGCCCCCUCGUACCUGGCCGGGUUCGAGAACGCGGAAGGGCUGACCAUAGGAGCGGCGGGCGACAGCACGGCCGAGGUGGUGCACACAGAGGACCCGUGCGUGCUCGGGAUACGAGGCCUCGCCGUCGACACCAUCGAGGAGACGGGCGACGUGUGGAGGCGGGAGGCGGACAAGGAGGCUCGCCUCAACCACCUGCGGGCCGUCAAGGCCUUCUGCGACAGGUCGCCCGCGGCGGGCGGGCACGACGGCGACGUCUACGAGAGCAGCGAGAGGCGUGCCGAAGCCGCGUGGAGGGUGCCCGUGGGAGACCUGUACUGGAACAGCACGGCCGACUAUCACCGCGCCACGCAGGCCGACAGGGGCGACUACGAGGUCUGCCUGGCCGGCCUCGCGCUGAUCGUCGAGCGCUUCGCGUCCGUCUCGCCCGAGAUACGCCAGCAGCGGCUGGGCGAGUUCAAACGCCUGGCUCGGGUGCAGGCCAGCUACAGCCUGAACAUGGACAAAAUGACGGGUAUGCGCCCGUACGUGACGCGGCUAGGGUACGUGGGCAUGGCCCCGGGCGGCGCACGCCCGGGCGACGUGGUCGUGGUACUGUUCGGCUCUCGGAUCCCGUACGUCCUGAGACCGUCCAGAGAUGGGACGACUUCCCGUUUCGUCGGCGAAGCGCACUGCGACGGGGUCAUGGAUGGCGAGAUGUUGACUAAGCGGGCACACGAGACCUUUCUGAUUGCUUAAUUGGGGUGUCAUGUCAUGCACGAAAGGGGUGUGCGAGUGUGUGUGUGUGUGUGGGUGUGUGUGUGGGAGGGAGGCGGGCAAGAGGAACACGUCUGAGAGUUGGGGUCAGGAGGCGAAUAGAAUACGUC